UAAUCGGGUGAUAUGAUGUCUUCUCAACCAGAACACCAUUUUACUACCAGAAGAUGAUGUCAUUAUCACGCUGGACAGAAUAGCCAUGACAUCAACUCCCAUUCAUUGAACUGUUUUCACACUCCUCAGUUAAGAUUGUGCCGCUCUACUCCUACACUCUGCUCACAUUCCAGUCCUAUCUUUCAGUGGAGGGAAAUAAGAUCAUUAACCUGCAGCCAAGGAGGAAGUGGAGAACAAAAGUCACUUUCUCUGGCAGAGCACACACAUGAGCAUACCAACAGUGCUUCAAAAACCUAAUAACCCCACUUGUACACCCACAGUUCUCCCCACCCCCAGCCAAUACUUUCCAUGGCAUUGCUAUCACCUGUUGGGAAACUCCAGCCAGUGCCCUACUUAAGGAGCUCCAACUCCCAGUCAGAAACACACUCUCUCUCACUCUCUCUCAACUCUAUUGAAAAACACUUUCUCUCUCGCCCCCUUUCUCAGCAUCUCUGUGGGACCCAUCUGAAGAUUAGGAUGAUAAGCUGUAGAGUGUGUGUCCUGGCUGUGCUGUUCUCUCUCCUCAUCAUCACCCUCAUUCCCACCACACAAUCGGCGGACUGCUGUCUGAAGUUCACUCCACGUCCGGUGCACUGCCGAUGGCUGAAAGGCUACACCUUCCAGGACAUUACUUCCUCGUGUGACCUCAAUGCUGUCAUCUUCCAGAAUCGAAGGAACAAGUUUGUGUGUGCCGACCCCUCUCAAGACUGGACCAAGAGGGUACUGCGCUGCCUGCGCAAGCGUCAGGAGAAGAAAUCCCAACUGAAGAAAAGAGUCUGAACUCAUGUUGCCGUGGAGAGGGCUUUCAUUACAGAACACCAUGUAAUAUAUUAUUGAUAUAGUGUUAUAUUUUAUUAAGACAAGCAGCAAUAUAUCUCAAUAUACAGAGAGAUUCAUGAAGGUUAAGAUGUUUAAUUCAUUUAAUAUAAGUGAUUAUUUUUCAUCAUAUCUGUGAUUCUGAGGUAGUUUGAGUUUCAUCUCAGUUUGUGUAUAAUAACUGUAUUUAUCAUCGUUGUUGGUCUGUUUUAUAAACAGCAAGUGUAGUAUUUGUGAUACGCAUGUAGAUGUUUUAUAAACAGAAAGUGAUACGCAUGGCGAAACAUUGAAACAUAGUUUUCACACAGAGUACCACAAAAUAUUUUUGUGUUGAUGUUUCAUAUCCUCUCUCCAACUGAAGCCAGAGAAAACCUUUUUAACUUUGUAUUUCCAAAGUGUCCAAAUCUCUAUAUGAGUUUUACUGAAGUGUACUUACUUUAAGCUCAGAGCUAUGAAAUAGAUAAUAAAAUGGGUAUUUGAAA